AUGUAUGUCUAUCAACUAUUAAAUGGAUUGUUUUUAUUUACUUUGAUAUUUAAUGUUUAUAAGAUACAAUCAAAAGAAGUACCAUUUGAUACAAUAGUUUGUUUUAGUGAUUCAAAUUCGGAUAUUGGAAAUGUUUAUAAAUUAUCGAAUUCAACAUGGCCUAUUGAUCCACCUUAUUAUAAACGUCGAUAUUCUAAUGGAAAAAUUUGGAUAGAUAAAUUAGGAAUAUCGAAUAUUAUUGAUUAUGCAUAUGGAGGUGCAACUACUGAUAAUCAUUUAGUACGAGGUUCUACAAUAUAUAAUUUAACAGUACCAGAUGUUCGUCAACAAAUAGCUAUGUACAAAAAUGCAAUUCAUUUAAGAAAGAUUCAUUAUCAUCGAACACUUUAUACUAUUUGGAUUGUCAAUGGAAUCAAUGAUUUAAUUCGAAUAGGUGCGAAACAUAUUCUUAUUAUAAAUCUACCACUAUUUGAAGCAUAUCCAGCUACUGCUAUUUUUAAUGCAACUGCUUUAUUAAAGAAACUUACACUUGAUCAUAAUAAUUUUUUAUUAAAUUCAGUUCAAUUACUUCGAGAAAAUCAUUCGAAAAUAUCAUUUGAAAUAUUUGAUCUCUAUUCACUUAUAUCAAAUAUUCUUAUCAAUAUGACAGCAUAUGGAAUAAAUAGUACAAAUAAAUGUUGGGAUACACCACAUUAUACUGUUGUUCCAUUAUGUUCAACUCCUAAUACUUAUCUAUUUAUUGAUCAGUUUCAUUUUACUACUCGUGUACAUCAGUUCAUUGCUGAUGCCAUGCGUAAAUUACUUAUAAAAUGGAAAGCACCCUUUAAAUCUCAUCGUUCUAUUUUUUCUGUGUGA